UCCGUCUUACUGAUUUUGCUGAAUAUUCGGUCCGCCGCCCCUCCACUCGUUUGCCCCUCGGCAUAAGACGGUGGGACAUGCAGCUUGGCCGGUUAGAAGAUGUCCUCGCUGUCGCAAUUCGUUAGGGGGGUAAACUUGAAUCCUCAUUCCACAUCGAUCAUUACUCAGCUUAGUUCACAGUAAUUGUCAAGAAUAGCCAACGGUACUCAAUACAAGAUGCCCCGAUUCCUCGUGUACGCCCCUGAUCACCCUGACUAUCUGGAGAAGCGACUCGCUGUUAGGACUGAGCACCUUGCAAGGGCUAAAAUUGACGAUAAUGCUGGUAUUGUCCUUUACAGCGGUCCUAUCCUUCCUCGCCCGGGCACGAAAGCCCGAGAAGCUUCUCUCCCUGAAGGCACCCCAAACAUCGCAGGAAGCUUUAUGGUAUAUAAGAUGGACACUCUUGAGCAGGUUUGGGCUAGGCUCAAGGAGGAUGUAUACUGGCGAGCAGACAUUUGGGACAAGGAGAGAAUUAUUGUUGAAGAGUUGCUUAAUUGAAACUUUCGCAGUACUUUUUUGAUGCAAUUAGAAACAUGGUGUAUAUAAAUCACUCUAUGUUUAUCAUUUAUUGUGUUUAGUUAUUUGUAGGGCAUAAUUCCCUCUUCCGAAUAAGACUUUACCUGUUGUAAUGUGUCUAUGGAUGCAUAAAGAAAAGGAG